GCCGCUGCUGGUGCUGACCGCGGGGCAGCUGGAGGACAGCGAGUUGCGCUUCCGUCGCCUGCACGCCGCCGCCGUCGUGGCGGGCGCCGCCGCCGACGCCGCCACGCCGCUGCUGCUGUCGUCUGACCUCCGCACCGCCGUCGCAGCGUCGGAGGUGUUACGCGGCGCGCUGUCGGCGCUGUCGGCGGCGACGCCUGCGGUGGAGGCGGAGGCGGCGGUGGUUGAGGAGUACGGCGGCGCGGAGGGGCGCAUGCGGCCGGUGCGGCCCGAGACGCCGAAAGUGCUGCCGGCGGUGGCGGCGGGGUGGGGGCCGCUGAUGGCGACGCUGAGGGACGCGCGGACGCCGGUGGUGGAGCGGGGACUGGCAGCUGUGGCAGAGCUGGUGGCUGUGGCAGGCGGCAGAUUCCUGGCACGGCGCUUCCAGCAGGAGGCCUGGCCUGUGCUGCAGCGCCUGCUGACCCACGGGACGGCGCACACGCCCGGGCAGCUCAGCCUUGGAACAGAGGCGGUGCGGGCCGCUCCGCCCUCACGACGCCUCACUGCGUCGCUGUCUGACGGCGGCGGCGGCAUCAGCGUCAUGGGCGGGGAGGACGCCGCUGGGUCGCUGGCGCCCGCCGCCGUGACCCGGGUGCGGGUGGCGGCGCUGGGCUGCCUGGAGUCGGUGUGCAGGUGCCCGGACGCCACCGUGGCGGUACGGACUCUCACGUGGGCCAUUGCGCAGGCCGCCUUGCCGUUCCUUGGCGCCGCACAUGCCGCUCCGCUGCAUGAGGCGGCGCGUGCAACGCUCCUGGCGGUGGCCGCCCUAGACCCUGACGGCGUGUGGUUGCUGUUGUACGACACCUCCUCCAACAUGCCGCCGUCGUUGACGUUAACAACAGCUUCCGUUGCACAGAGCCUUGAACACCGUGACCCACAUCAGAGGCCUACUCAGUCCCAGCAGCGGCCACGCGCCGGUGUUGCGGACGACCUCCGGCAGCCACCUGGGGC